AUGUCGUUGGUUAAACUGGCUAAUACCUGUGCUCACAUCCAGAAUUGUUCGCGAGUGAGAACUAGCCUUACUUCGAUUCCUUACACUCGUCUGCACCUGCAGUUUGCAUACAACUUGUACAGACAUGGAUUCAUAUCAUCACUGCAGAAAGGCUCUACAAAAGGUCCAGAUGAAGUUCCUGUAGAGGUUACACCUGAUAAUAUAUCGACGAGAAGACUAUGGAUCGGGUUGAAAUACAGAGAGAACAAACCGAUUUUGAGCUCUUGCCGCUUGAUAUCGAAACCUAGCACAAGAGUUUAUCUGUCUCACAACGACAUGAGGAAGCUCUGUUCUGGCAUUACCGUGAGGCUGAUUAAGCCGCUACAACCGGGCGAGCUGAUGCUGGUUAGAACGAAGGAAUCUGUCGUGGACAUCAACGAAGCAGUUGCGAAGAAACUGGAUGGAGAAGUUCUAUGCAGAGUCAAAUGA